GCACAUUAUUGAGCAAGUCAUGGCAAGAAAGGCUAGUUUAAGUUCAACUAAACUUGUAAAGUGCAUAAGUCAGACAUCAUUUCUGCCUGCGGGCUUGGGUCAGUCAGCGAGUUCGACGGUGGCAUCAUAUGGUGGUCGAGGUGAUACCAAGUGCAUCAUUGUAAGCCACAAGUAGUCUGCUUCAUGCCUUCAGUGAAAGAACUCUUUUGACUUUCAGACGAGGCAGAAGUGAUAUUCGAACUCGGACCUGCAUGGUUCCCGGCCUCCUGGUGGCGACAUCGCGCCAUUGCAUCAAGGACCAGUCUGCUGCAAACGUUAAUGGACACACGUUCACCAGUUAUUUACUCACAAAGACGUCCAGAAGUCGGUCAUUAAAGUUUAUGUUUGGAAAAGUGACACAAGGAGGGAAAAACAAUAAGGAACUGUAUGAAGCCUGACAACAACAGCACAACAAGAUACCAAGAGGGAAUUAUUGCAGCCAAGUUAACAAAUAAUUUCAAGUCAGCAAGUUAAAAAGAUUUUUCAAAUAAUAUGUGCGUAACAUUGUAAGAAAACAAAAUGUCAGCAACAAAUGAGACAGAAAUCAAAGUGGACAAUGCAGAACAAGCUGCAGAGCAAGUGGAUGAAACCUUUUUAGAGCAAAGAAUGCCAGUGGAGCAGCGUAGAAGUGAAAGGCCUCGCAUGCUCUCAGAAAAAGGAAAAGAACUUCACAAAGAAAAGUUACAAUGGCUACAACGUCACUUGAGAGCAUUUAUGACAGAUGGAAAGCAUUAAUCAAACUUUUUAAAAAAAUCUGUGAUAAAGGGAGACCCAGUUGACAUUCUGGAACUUCACAUGGAUGCUGUACAAAAAGAAGUAACUGUGCUUAAUGAUAUAUAUGAUGAAUAUAGAGCAGUUGAUGGACCACCUCAUGACAUGCCUUCAAGGUUGGAUAAAUGCACAUCAGUGACUGCUGUAGUUUUGCAAAACGCUAAAUCACACAUUGAAGGAGAAAAUCAAGAGGAGAUGGUAUGGCCUGAUGGUAGCUCUAUAUUUACCUCCUCUGUUAGUGUCUCAGUUCCUAGCCCAUCUAAAGUCAGUGGAGUUAUCUCUGUCUCCUCCACCAAAAGACAAGAAGCAGCAGCUGAGUAUGAAGCUACAAAAGCUGUGCUUCAGAUACUGACUGAACAAGAGAGACAUAGAGAACAAAUGCUCGAAGAAGAAGAGAAAUGUGUAACUGCAGAACAAGAAAUCGCUGCAAUAUCACAAUGCCUCCUGCAGAAUAAGGAGGAAACUGAGCGCAAGUUUAAAAGAGAACAAGAGAAAGUGGCUGUGACAAAGAGACAAGAAGAGGAAAGUGCUGAAAGAUGGAAGUUGGGAAAGAAGACCUGAAAAACCUACGUGCAAGAAGCAAUCUGUCAAAUGAAAGACAUGAGGUGGAAGACAUGAGGAAAGUUCAAGGUAGUGAAUGUGUGGAUGACAACAAAAUGUCUCUAACACUUGAAGCAGUGAGCGGCAAAAAGCGAAAGCCUAACUGGACCGAUCAGGAAUGCUGUGUUCUGGCCCAAUUAAUGGAGGAGAGAAAGGACAUAAUCAGAGGGAAGUGCAGCACUGGAGUGUCAACCCAGGAUAAAAGAAAAGCUUGGGAAGAGAUAACCAAGGCUAUCAAUGCUGCCUCCCCACAGGUCCAACGCACAGCCUCUGACUGUAACAAAAAGUGGGAGAAUUUACUUGCAAAGUCAAGAAAUGAGAUUAAAAUGUUGAAAAGAAAGAACAAUUCUGAUGGUUUGUCCCUUAAAAAGUUAAGUCCACUGUGUCAAACUGUGAUUUCUGUGAUGAAUCUAUCAGACUCCCUGCUACAGAAUAGAGAGGAUUUGUCAACCUUACUGAUGUCACAAAGCAGCUGCGAUGAAGAUGGAAACAACAGUGUCACAGGUGAAACAUUUACAGAUGGACACACUGUGACUGAGAGGGUGCUCCCUGCUGGUCCUUCCAACUCUUCAGCUGAACAGCUGACUGUUUUUGUGAACAUCCCUCAGUCAGUCACAGGGCCCCUCAGCAGCCCUCGUGCAGGUCUGUCACCAGCGUGUGUGGCAGAGUUAGGCGCUCCCUGUGUCACCUCUCCACCCUCCGAGCACUGCACAGCUUUACAAGAGCGAAAGGAUUUGGAAAUGUCUGUUCUCAGAAGACAAGAGGCUGUUCUCAAGCUGCAAGAGGAGUAUUAUACUCUAAAAAUUAAGAUGAUGAAAAAGCAAAUGGAAGAGUCAAAUACACAUGACUAAAACAGAUCAAAGAUGAGUCACUGAAUACAAAUGUAAGUGCAGUGAUUAAUGGCUCAUUAACUCCAAUACCCAUGACCAAAGAUGGUAAAGGUGCCAUGACACUUGCAUGACUUUGUUCCAUGCAUUGUUUCACUUGGGACCAAAAUAAUCAGUGUAUUAUUUAUUUAGAACACAAACAUUACCGCGAGCUAACCAGCUAAUUAAUUUUAUUGGACUUAAUUCAUUUCAGUGUAAUAUUGGCAAUAAGAAACAUUUGGAGUAGAUUGCUCCUUGUCAUCACUGAAUAGGUGACAAUGUCAUUAGAAGUGUCUGGUUGCACUGAUGGUUUCCCUAAAUGUUCACUAAAUGUAACCAAACCAUGGGUUAAAGUUCUCUGUCACCAUGACGGAUUUCCAUCAUUUGGAAAAUUUAACCACACAUACGCACGUGCACGUGGUGCCGUGUGUUUUGGGGCCGAAAUAUGAUACUCUCACUGUCAAAGCAUCAUCCCAUUCUGCGCUAAUCAAAGCAGCAGCAAUGUCAGCAUGGAUGGCGUUGCACCGCGGAGGAACGGACUGUGAAUUUUCGCUCCUCUCCGCUCUGUUUACUGCAUGCAGUGAGCCACGGUCCUUCUCCUCCCUGUCUUUGUGAGAACAUUGGCAGACACUCCCCAAGUA